GACGGGGCAGCAGCAGCAGCCAGCAGCCGCACCUCAGGCUGCCCGUCCUCGCUGCUUCACCCGUCGUCACACUUACCUAAACAACCGUCCUUACCCAACACGUUACUAUACCAUAUGUAACUAAGAGUGUCACUCUUGCACAGUGAUAGACAAUGUACUUGUCAAUGGAGAGUUAGCGAGAAGACUCCGAGUGUGACCCCGAAGUCAGUGUUACUGGCACUGAUAGUGUUGCUCUGUCUGCUGCACGACGCACAUUUUCGUGUCUCGUGAAAGCAUAGAAACAUCCUCUUUACUUAUGGCUAGAAUUUAUGUACUGUAUAGAAUGCAGUAUAGUAUUAGCAGUACCGUAUAUUAAAACCCAGACAGUUUGCAAGUGCUGCAAAAGAUCGUGAGGACAGCAUGGAGGAGGGCUACCUGGCACUGCGAUGGAACAACCACAACACAAUUUUUACAAAGAUCCUCACCCUCCUCAGGGAACAGGAGGCUUAUGUUGAUGUGUCGUUGGCAUGCGCUGGAAGGUUAUAUCCGGCGCACAAGUUUGUCCUCUCAACAUGCAGUGAUUACUUCAAGGAAAUGUUUGCUAAAAAUCCUUGCAAGCAUCCAAUAGUCUUCAUGAAAGAUGUGUCUACAAAGGAUAUGGAAGCUCUCUUGGAUUUCAUGUAUAAAGGAGAAGUACAUGUACCUCAGAGUGAAUUGGGCUCUUUGCUACGUACAGCAGAAGGUCUUCAGGUGAAGGGCUUGGCAGUACCUGAUGACUCACCCCGCGGCUCCUCUUCCACCCCUAUUGUGCCUUCUGUUCCAUCCGUCCCACGCUCACAUCCGCCCACACUUUUGGCACCUUUACAUCUGCGUGGAAAGCGCAAAAGGCCACCGGAAUCAAACAGGAAAGAUGACCCUCCAAAGUUGACGUUGCGACCUGAUCUUGGACCUCCAACUCCUAACCGUUCCCGACAACGUAACCGGGCAUCAGGCAUGCCAGAGCUCAAGAGAAUAAAGAAGGAAGAUGACAACAAAGCUGUAGGUGUUGGGACAAUGGAGCCAGGUGAGGUCCCUAGAUCACCAAGUCCAGCAGCCAGCAGUCACAACAGUGAUGAUCCACCUAUAAACAAUACAGAUAAGAUAAAGAAUGAGCGUCCAGAAUACAUCAAAGUUGAAGAAGACCCAGAAGAGGAUGAAGGUGUGGCUGGAGAAGGUAUGUCAGGAGAUGAAGAACACGAUGAAGAGGAAGAGGAGGAGGAGGAGGAGGAGGAAGAGGAAGAUGAUGAUGAAGCAGGUUUAGGUGAGGGGAAACCUCUGUCUCCGAUGAGUCAUGAUGUACUCUCCGAUGUUGAUGCCUUUGAACAAUCCAACUCCUCGCUCCCCAACUCUGACAUAUCAACGACUGAACUAUUACAAGUUGAUUUAAGUGAGGAUGGAACACAGUUCAUUAUUGGUCCUGGUAGCUAUGGGGAAGUUAUGUCCAGAACGUCUUCAUUAGCUGGGGAUGAAGAAAGAAAUGGUGAUAGAGAACAAAAAAAGCCAUUUGUUUGUCCCCUCUGUGGCCAGUCCUUCACACGACGUGAUAACCUUGCCAAUCAUAUCAAGACUCACACCGGUGACCGUCCGUUUAUGUGCCAAUAUUGCCACAAGUGCUUCUCGAGGAAAGACUACCUGAAGCAGCACGAACGUAUUCACACGGGGGAGAAACCCUAUGCCUGUGACAUAUGUGGUCGUGCAUUUACCCGUAAGGAAGGUCUGACAGACCACAUGCGGUGCCAUUCAGACUUCAAAGCCUUUUCUUGUGAAACCUGUGGUAAGAGCUUCAAGCAGAAAUGUGGCUUGCGGUUCCAUAAAAGGAACUAUAAACAUUAGCCGCUCUUAAGUGUUCUGCCAUAUUAGUGACAUGUUGAGAGAUCUUUGGCAAACAUGUUCUACUACUACUUUGAUGUCGUUCAUUUUUUAGUCAGUUUCUUCGAAUAAAACAAAGUUUUAAUACUUGUCAAAAUUGAUUGGGUAAGUGAGUCAGAAAUGGUGAGAGCCGAUGCAUUAGCUCUGUACAGAUGUGUGGUUUGAUAUCAUAUAUAUAUUGAUGACUAGUGGCAUGCAAUAUGUUCACUCAGACAUAAUACAUUCUAUUAAUUUAUAAUUUAUACUUUUUAUUAUGAUUAAUUAUAAAAGAUAACAUUGACAUAAAUCAUUUAAAGUGUUAGUUUGACUUAAUGAAGCCAGUAUUCUGGUAUUCACUCUUGAGACCAACUUGUUUAAUAUUUUGUCAUUUGGUGUUUACAUACCCUCAGUUGACCUGGUUAGUUGCCGCCUCACUUUUAAUUGAAGACUGUCCACGUCACACUAAUUAUUAUUCGUCAUAUACAAUACCUAAGAGGUUUUUGUUAAAUAUUAAUUAUUUAAAUAUUAAAUUUUUUUAAGUAAUGCUCACAGUUCUUUUUAUCUCUGUUGCACUUAACAUUCAAAAUGAUGAAAUAAUUUUGUGAGGUUUCUCCUAGAAGCCAUUCUUCUGUAUUUAAACCUUAUAGUCUACCUGUAUGUAAACCUAUAAUUAGCUAUCAAUUUUAAUUAUUCCGACAUUAAAAUAUAUUUGCAUUUUAAUUUGGUUGGGAUGUUGCCUCGUCUCCUCAACCGGACUUUGAAGAGGGUCUUAUUUUUUAAGAAUUGUUUAUAUGCUUCAUCUGAUCUCAAAUGCAUGCAUCCAGUGUGAAAUUACUUGGUGUUUUGAACUGUGAAAGCACAAGUCAGUAAUGUAAGGCAGCAUUAAUAUGCAUUGUUUAACAUUUCAAGAGUAGUCUCAAAGUGUGCUUAGUCACAGUUUUGAGCUGGAUGUAUUUGUGUAAGCACUGUAUUAUAUUUUAUUUUUCUUGUAUAAAUUUUUGUACCAUAUUAAUACCUUGCAUACAUGCCUAUGUUUCCAAGUAAAUCCAUAUGUAUAUGGCCCUCAGCA